AGGCUGACGAAUUUCGUUUGUUAAUAUACCGUCUCCAAAUUCAAAUUGGUACGAAGAUCCGAAUGGAUGCUACAGAAAACAUGCAAAGUGCACAGGAAUGGAACUAUCUGAUGGAUAUGUUGAACAACAUAGAGCUAACUGCAAAAACGAACCCUACAUGUUAUAAGGGCGGUGGUAUGGUACAGUACUCGCGCGCCCUUUUGGCCAGGGUGUGCACGCUUUUAAUAUCUUCUGCAGUCUUUAUCCAAGAGAUUGUCGACCGCAGCAAAAGCUAUUCAGAUGCCUGUCAUGACACAUUUACAUAAAAUAAUUGUCAUGGAUUGGACCGUAAUAUCCCUUCUCGCUGCAAACUACUGAUUGCAAAUGGUUCGUGCACUUUCGAACUUGGUGCCUGCUUGACGAACCCUCGGAUAAGAUACGAAGAUGGUUAUACUGUAGAGCCGAUAAGAUAAUUGUGGUGGUAGCAACGAAACUUGAUAUACAGUUUCGACUUUCGAGUAUGUCUCUCGCAAUCAGCGCAAAUACUACAAGAUUAGGUCCAGCACUUAAACAGGAUGUCAAAUGCAUUUUCCUUUCGUAUGUUUUCUUUCUUUUACACCGCUUUUGCAGUUUUAUGCACCCAUAAAAUUAUAUCACCAGAAAUCACUUCGGAUGUUUACUUUGUGCGUUAACAGCACAUUUGUAGUAUAUUAGUAAAAGUUUUGCUCACUUAACGCAACUGAAAUGUCCGCCGACCAUCUAAAUUCACUUAACGCCCAGCUAUCCCGAUUUUCGAAAAGCGCGCCAUACGAGCUUUCUGUGGCAUCGCUGAUUCAGGACAAGUCAGAGUCACUAGAGGAGCUAAGUCAGUCCAUCUGGAAUAAUCCGGAACUGUCGUAUCAGGAAUUCCAGGCCGUCAAGAUCAUUACGGCGUACUUGGAGAGCAACGGUUAUCCCGUGAUACGCAACUAUGGCAAUCUUGAGACGUCGUUUUUGGCUGAAUUCCAAACAAGACAAUUCGAUGCCGAACGGCAUGCAACGGUUGCGGUGCUGUUAGAAUACGACGCGUUACCGGAGAUCGGGCACGCAUGUGGACACAACCUGAUCACGGAAACCGGACUGGCAGCUUUUUUAGGCGUGUGUCAUGCCCUGAAGGGUUCCGAUUUACAAGGCCGGGUCGUGUGUAUUGGUUGCCCAGCUGAGGAAGGAGGCGCGGGAAAGGUCAAAUUGAUCGAUGCCGGUGCAUUCCAGAAUGUGGAUUUCGCAUUGAUGGCGCAUCCGGCUCCGGUGGACAUCGUGGAGUUAGACAUUUUAGCGAUUACCAGACUGGAAGUAGAAUUUUUCGGCAAAGCAGCUCACGCAUCCUGCGGACCCUGGGAAGGCGUUAACGCCCUGGAUGCCGCGGUAACAGCAUACAACAACAUUGCCAUGUUGCGACAGCGUCUUAAAGUGGGCAAUCAGAUCCACGUCACGAUAGUGGACGGAGGCGCCAAACCCAACAUUAUUCCAGAAUACACCAAAUGCUCCUACCUGCUCCGUGCGCCCACGACCAACGACAUGAAGACGCUGCAGAAGAACGUAAUGGCUUGUUUUACAGCGGCUGCCACUGCCACAGGAUGCCGCUUACAAGCAGAAUUCAAGGAACCGGCGUGUGGGGCACUGAUGAUCAACAAAACUAUGCUGUCCGUUUACAAACACUAUGGUCAGAAACAUGGAAUGUCUUUCCCACCGGCUCGGCCAAGUUACGGUUCAACCGACAUGGGAAAUGUGUCAACACUAAUUCCCAGUAUUCACCCAGCCUAUGCGAUUGGUGCCCCAAUAAUGAUUCAUACACGAGAGUUUCAAGCCAUAGCCGGGACGUUGGAAGCGCACAGGUGCGCUCGUCGUGCCGGUCUGGCACUGGCUAUGACUGUACUGGAGCUACUCGCUAAUCCCGAUAUGCAACUCAGCGUUCGCCAGGAAUUCACCGAGCGUCGCAAAACAUUCGUGGGAGUCGAUGUAGAAACUUCCAGUGCGAAAGGCGAUUUUACCAUUUAUUAAAACAAAUUCCAUGCUUUAUUUAUAUUAAAACAAAUUCCAUGCUUACCAUUUAUUAAAACAAAUUCCAUGGAGAACUCAGAAGUUCGUUUGAUUAUUAGAUAAUUAAAUAUUGAUUUGCAAAACAUGGCGGGAGGGCUUCUUUGAAUGCUCCCAUAAAUUAAUCCAUCUCCUGUUUUCAAAAGAAACUUGAAAUUAACGGUUCUUACGUAUCUUUUGUGCGCAACCAAGUAACGAUAAAUAUAUGUUA